AUGCUCAAGCUAUCACUUUUUCUCGGAGCUGUUACAGCUUCACUCUGCGUGCAAGCUCACGCUGUGCCUCCGCCCACCGUCACCCAAGCACCCAAGCUCGAAGAUCGAGCCACCACCUGCACCUUCUCCGGCUCCAAUGGCGCAUCGUCGGCGAGCAAGUCGCAGAAGUCGUGUGCGACCAUUGUGCUCUCGAACGUUGCCGUUCCUUCUGGGGUGACGCUCGAUCUCAGUGAUUUGAACGAUGGCACGACCGUCAUCUUCGAGGGCACCACGACUUGGGGCUACAAGGAAUGGUCCGGCCCUCUCCUCCAGAUCGAAGGCAACGACAUCACCAUCCAAGGCGCCAGCGGUGCUGUUCUGAACCCCGAUGGCGCCCGUUGGUGGGAUGGCCAAGGAGGCAACGGCGGCAAGACGAAGCCCAAGUUCUUUGCUGCCCAUGAUCUGACCUCCUCGUCCAUCACCAACUUGUAUAUCAAGAACACGCCAGUUCAGGCCGUCAGCGUUAAUGGUGUGAAUGGGCUGACUAUUACUGGCAUGACAAUUGACAACAGCGCUGGUGAUAGUGGUGGCGGACACAAUACAGACGGCUUUGAUAUUGGCUCUAGCUCCAAUGUCGUGAUUAGCGGAGCCAAGGUUUAUAACCAAGAUGACUGCGUUGCUGUCAAUUCUGGCACGAACAUCACCUUCACUGGGGGUCUUUGCUCCGGAGGCCACGGCUUGUCAAUCGGCAGUGUUGGCGGUCGAGACGACAACACAGUCCAAACAGUCACAUUUUCCAACUCGCAGGUCACUAAAUCAGCCAAUGGCAUCCGUAUCAAGGCCACCGCCGGUAAAACUGGCACCAUCAAGGGAGUCACCUACACUGGCAUUACUCUGUCCUCGAUCACAGGCUACGGAAUUCUGAUUGAGCAAAACUACGACGGUGGUGAUCUUCAUGGAAGCCCAACGAGCGGCAUCCCCAUCACCAACCUGGUGCUGCAGAACAUCUCUGGAAGCAACGGUGUUGUAUCCAGUGGAAACAACAUUGCCAUCGUCUGUGGCAGUGGAGCUUGUUCCAACUGGACUUGGAGCAAUGUCGUCGUCACUGGCGGAAAGAAGUACGGCAGCUGCCAGAAUGUGCCGAGUCCUGCUACUUGUUAA